AUGAAACAACCAUUGAUAUGCUCUGGUCAUUCUCGACCUGUAUCAGACUUGGCAUAUAGCAAUGAGAGUUCAGAUGGACUAUUCAUUAUAUCAGCUUGCUUAGAUGGAAAGCCAAUGCUGAGGGAUGGAAACAAUGGAGAUUGGAUAGGUACAUUCGAAGGCCAUAAGGGUGCUGUAUGGUCUUCAAGAUUCAACAACAACGCGACACAGGCAUUGACAGCAUCAGCAGAUUAUACAGUUAAACUAUGGGAUACAUUGAACGGAACAGAGCUACACACCUUCGAACAUCAAUCGAUUGUAAAGACAGCGGACUUCUCCAGAUUUGGAAACAGAAUAGUGACAGGAGGAGGAGAUAAGAUAUUGAGAAUAUACGACUUGGAGAAGCCGAACGAACCUCUUCUCCAGAUACCAGGCCAUCAGAGUAUGAUAAAGGCAGCCAUGUGGAGCGCGUACAACGACGACGUAGUGCUGAGUGGAGGUGGCGAUGAAAUCAUCAGGAUAAUGGAUCUUCGAGCGGGCACUCACAUGGCACUGUGUGCCAAAGCACCCAUCUCUUCCAUGGAGUUCAGCAAGGACAAGAAGUAUUUGAUCACCACAGCAGGAGCCGAGAUAACCUUCUGGGACGCUGCAACAUUCCAUCCACUCAAAGUAUAUUCACUGCCGUUUGAAGUCAACUGCGCAUCGUUACAUCCAGACAACUCAAAGUUCAUUGCAGGUGGAAGCGACUUUUGGGUACACGUCUACGAUUUUAACACUGGACACGAGAUCGAAGUCAACAAGGGACAUCACGGACCAGUGAACUGCUGUCGGUACUCACCCGACGGACAAUCAUUCGCAUCAGGCUCAGUCGAUGGAACAAUCAGAAUAUGGUUGUAG